CAGGGCGAGCAGUUGUCGGUACGUGGGACUUGCCAGGCACAGGGUGUAGUUCGCGUCUUUCACCUGGGAUAGGGCAGCGGAGCCAAGUGUUUGUCCGGAGUUUAGCGGGUGUUUUUUUGGUGCUUUAGCGUCAAUUUUUAAACGACCCCGUUUUGUUGAGUGUUGUGAAGCAGUCUAAAACCACAGUGAUGUUUGAGACCAGUCAAGAUGACCUGUUCCUGUUCCCCACUGAAGGCCAGAAUGAGGCUUUCUUCCCUGAGGAGGGUGUAGGAAGUAGAAAACUGUCUCUUGCUGAGGCCUUGCUUCCUCUGGUUGAGUCUCCGUCUCCCCCAAUGACGCAAUGGCUCUGCUCGACCCGUUACAAGACGGAACUGUGCAGCCGUUAUGCUGAGACGGGUACCUGCAAGUAUGCCGAACGCUGCCAGUUCGCCCACGGCCUCCACGAUCUCCACGUACCCUCCCGUCACCCCAAGUACAAAACCGAGCUGUGUCGUACCUACCACACCGCUGGGUACUGUGUUUAUGGCACACGUUGUCUCUUCGUGCACAACCUUAAAGAACAGAGGCCCGUCCGUCCCUGGCGCAAGAACGUGCCCUGCCGUACCUAUCGUGCGUUUGGGGUAUGCCCCUUCGGUACCAGAUGCCACUUCCUGCACGUCGAGGGAGGCUCUGAAUCAGACAGUGGAGAGGAAGAGCGAACCUGGCAACCUACGUCACAAUCCCAAGAGUGGAAGCCUCGUGGUGCCCUCUGUCGCACUUUCAGCGCUUUUGGUUUCUGUCUCUAUGGCACCCGUUGUCGGUUCCAACAUGGGCUGCCCAACACGAUCAAAGGUCUUAACUCGAACCACACAUCCUGGCCUCAUCAGAUGACCAAUGGGGGAUCUCUCUCGCCUGCGUCGGAUACGUGCUCUUCACCAUCUCCACCGUCCUCGUCCCCUCCAUCUGCUCUAGCUUCGCCGGUGUUCCCUGAUGGGUCUGGUCCGGUCACACCACCGUCAGUAGAAGCAGUGGCCAACAACGCGUUCACCUUCAGCAGCCAGCAUCUGAAUGACCUGCUGCUCCCUUUGGCCCUUCGGCUCCAACAGUUGGAGAACGCUGCCAAUGCUGGUCCACAUGAUGAUCUGGAUAAGCCACUUUUGUCGUGAAGUCUGUGGCAGGAUGAUCCCGAAAGCUAACUUCUAAAAGCUUUAACUGUGACUGUACUGUGCUGAAUCUGUAUUUAACCUUGUUUUUAUUUAGUAGUUGUGUACAGUGUCUCUUUGCAACUUGUUUACUGCCUUUUGAGACUGAUUCUCAAAUGUUUGCUUUUAUCUUCUUAAUUCAAGUCUGUCUUGUACUUGAGGCCACUUAUUUUAGACGGACUGAAUGAAGCCCCUUAAGUGUAAAUUGAGACUUUUAUUUUACUGGUGUGUAUAUAUGAAGGAUUUGACUAUGAAUGUUUCUAACUUAUAGAGUUUUAAACUAAAUGACUUUUUAAAUUAUUUUUAGAAACAUCAGCAUCCUUGGAUCUCAAUAAAACCUCCUAAAAGGA